GAGCACCACAGUGUCCCGAUCAUCCAACUGUUUGAACUGGCCACUGAAUGAGCUCAACUUUUCUUCAUUCAGUGGAAACGAAUGCAGGCAGAGGUGGGACUAGCGACUUCUGGAUUGUCCUAGUUCACAGAGACUCGGAGAUCCCUUCUGGUGGAUCCGUAAAAAGUAUUGUUUUCUUUUUCAAAGUUUUUUUAAUACAAAUCCUCUCUGCUCCAUUCAGUGAUGCCGGGUCUGCAUUAACGCACCUCCCUGAGUUUCCUGAAGAGCUCCUCAACAAUUAAGAGCACCUGCCAAGAUUCCAAUUACUGAGGAAAAAUGGCGCCUGCUGUUGGUGCCCCUCUAGGCUACACCCCACCCGAGGGUGGCUGGGGAUGGAUGGUAGUGGUAGGGGCCUUCAUCUCGAUUGGAUUCUCCUAUGCGUUUCCCAAGUCCAUCACCGUCUUCUUCAAAGAAAUUGAGGUGAUCUUCGACGUGACGAGCAGCCAGGUGUCCUGGAUCUCCUCCAUCAUGUUAGCAGUCAUGUACGGCGGAGGUCCCAUCAGCAGCAUCCUAGUUAACAAAUAUGGCAGUCGUCCUGUGAUGAUGGCAGGAGGAUGCCUGUCUGGAAUAGGCCUUAUUGCUGCCUCUUUCUGCAACUCUGUUGAAGCCUUGUACUUUUGCAUUGGCAUAGUAGGAGGUUUGGGAUUGGCUUUCAACCUCAACCCUGCCCUCACAAUGAUUGGAAAGUACUUCUACAACAAGAGGCCAAUUGCUAAUGGGCUUGCUAUGGCUGGGAGCCCAGUCUUUCUCUCCACUAUGGCUCCCCUUAACACCUGGCUUUUUGACCAGUUUGGCUGGAGAGGAAGUUUUUUGAUCCUUGGUGGUAUGCUCUUCAACUGCUGUGUUGCAGGUUCCCUCAUGCGGCCUAUAGGACCAAAACCCAAACCUGUGGAGAAGACCACUGAGAGCAGGACUGUAAUGCAGACCAUUAACAGCUUCAUUGACCUCACUUUGUUCAAACACCGUGGAUUUUUACUCUACAUCGUGGGCAAUGUUGUCAUGUUUUUUGGACUCUUUACACCACUUGUGUUUCUCUCCAAUUAUGCCAAGAGUGAACAUAUCCCGAAAGAGAAGGCAGCUUUUUUACUCUCCAUCCUGGCUUUUGUUGACAUGUUCGCCCGCCCGUCCAUGGGCAUGGUGGCCAACACCAAGUGGGUCCGGCCCAGAAUACAGUACUUCUUUGCUGCCUCUGCACUAAUGAAUGGCAUAUGUCAUGUUUUAGCUCCAAUCUCAGUUGACUACACAGGCUUUAUCAUUUAUGCCCUCUUCUUCGGGUUUGCUUUCGGCUGGCUGAGCUCAGUGCUGUUUGAGACUUUGAUGGAUCUAGUGGGACCCCAGCGCUUCUCGAGUGCUGUUGGCUUGGUCACUAUUGUGGAGUGUGGUCCAGUGUUGUUAGGCCCCCCACUGCUUGGAAAGUUCAAAGACAUCUACAACCAUUAUCAUUACACUUACCGGUGCUGUGGGAUCAUCCUCAUCGUAUCCAGUGUCUUCCUGUUUGCGGGCAUGGGACUCAACUAUCGACUGCUGGACAAGGAGAAAAAAGAGGAGGAGAGGCAAGCCAGAGUGGGAGCUAGAGGACAAAUGUCCGGCCAAGACGAGGGUGCCAAAGAGGGGGUAGAGGCCAGGAACACAGAAGACUCUGUCUAGUGCUCUGCAUCGUGCCAGCUUACUUUUUUUUUUUUUUUUUUUUUUUGUCAAGAAGUGUAAUGUUCUCAGCGAGGUGUACGUCCAUGAAAAAGGAUUCCUAUGUUGAAAUACUUCACAAGCACAUUCCCCUUCUUUUUCAUUGUGCUGUUUUUGCUGCCUGCCAGUGAAAUCAUGGACUAAUUUACAACUGUGUUAAAUAUUAACACGCCUAUUAAAUCCCUUUAAACUCAAAUAAACCCACAUCAAAUACAUCCUUAUAUUUACAUUAAGACAAAUUGCUGUCCAAGUUUUCUUAGCAUUUUGUUAGUUUCAUGAUAUAGCAUUUCUUUAUAGUCAGGAAAUAUACCUUUUACUGAAGACCUUUAUAGAUACCGUAGGUUUUAACUUUUAAAUUUGUAACUAUUUUUCACUAGUGUAGAUCUUGAUCUUUGUAUUUAACUUUUUUUUGUUUUUUUGUUAGGGUUUUUUUUUGCGUGUGUGUAUAAUUACACUGUCCUUCAGUUUCCUUGCCCCAGGGACCUCGUGGUGCAGUGGACUAAGGUUUUCAAGAAUCCGCCCUGCUGCCUUUUUGUUCAUUCACUUUUCUUUUUUUUUCCUUUUUGUUUGAUUGUGGGAGAAGAGGGUGGAGGGGUGGGUUCAGUUUGUAUUAUGAUUUGUCAACUAUUAUUGUCUUUAUCCAAUACUUUGUCUGUUACCAAGAUGGGAAGAUGUGCCAAUAAUGGUGAAUUACAUAGUAGCCUAGUCUGUACAUAUGAACCCAUGCCAGUCGGAGUCGAAUAAACCAUUUAAAUACCA